AUGUCAUUCAUUUCUCGCAGUUGUGUGAUCCUCCAAGCACCGCGCCUAGCACGACUGCGACACUCGAAAUCAGGGUCUCCUUACGGAAGAUCUCACUUGAAUCCCACAACUCCCCGUCUCCCAAACCCAGUGGUACCAACGUACCCCCAAACAGUAUAUCUCUCUGACGGGUCCUCUUUCACCCACCGAACAACCGCUCCUCGCUCCGUAGUCCGUCUUACGAGAGAUAUCACCAAUAAUCCGGUCUGGCAGCCUGGCUUGGAGGCGCGAGCUGGUGAAGAGGAAGAUUUGAGCGGACGUUUGGGUCGUUACAAGAGACGGUUUGACGAGGAAUCACAAUUUGUCGAAGGAGAGUUGGAGGGGCUCAUGGAACAGGCGAAGAAUGCUCAAAAUCUGGACAAAAUGCGGGACGGGAAACCUAAGCAUAAAUAA